GAUGUUAGCUUGUUUAGUUGAACGAUUGGUAGCAGAGAAUGACACUGAUUCGAUACCUGACCCUGAAAAAGAUGGCGUUUUGAAAGACUUGAAUAUUGAAGGAAGCAUUGAUUAUGGAGUAACGGCAAUAAGUUUAGGCAGUAGAGAUUUCGGCGGCUUAUAUUCAGAGAAGCCGUUAGCCGUUAUACGUACAGGCGGAGCCGAUGACGUUGUGCGGGUGAUUAGGCGAGCGUUAGAGUCACCAACAUUAACGGUAGCGGCGAGGGGUAACGGCCAUUCGAUUAACGGCCAAGCUAUGGCCCACCAUGGACUCGUAAUCGAUAUGAAAUCAAUGGCUGAUAAUAACAGAAUCGAUGUGAAUGUCAAUUCCAUGUGCGUCGAUGUAGGUGGCGGAGCAUUAUGGAGUGAUGUAUUGAAACAUUGCGUUUCGGAAUACGGCUUGGCUCCUAAAUCAUGGACGGAUUAUCUUCAUUUAACAGUUGGAGGUACUCUGUCUAAUGCCGGCGUUAGUGGGCAAACUUUCCGUUAUGGUCCCCAAACGUCAACUGUAACGGAAUUGGAAGUUGUUACCGGCAACGGAGAAAUAAUAGUCUGUUCAAAUUCUCAUAAUUCUCAACUCUUCUUCUCCGUUCUGGGUGGACUUGGUCAGUUUGGUAUCAUUACUAGAGCUCGGGUUUUGCUUCAACCCGCCCCAGAUAUGGUGAGGUGGAUAAGAGUGGUAUAUAGUGAAUUUGACGAGUUCACUCAUGAUGCUGAGUUACUGAUAACAAGUCAAGAAUCAUUCGAUUAUGUGGAAGGGUUUGUGUUCGUGAACAGUGAUGACCCGGUAAAUGGAUGGUUAUCGGUGCUAUUAGAUUCAAAUCAGGCAUUUGACCCGACCCAUUUACCCAAGAAAACUGGUCCGGUUCUCUAUUGUCUUGAAGUGGCCUUGCAUUAUAACAACAACCAUGACGAUCCCUUCAUGAUGGUUGAGAAAUUGCUAGGCAAAUUGAAAUAUUUGAAGCACUUCAGAUUUGAGAUCGACUUGACUUAUAUGAAUUUUUUAUCACGAGUUGACCAUGUAGAAGAAGCGGCUAGAGGUAGUGGUAUAUGGGCUACACCUCAUCCAUGGCUUAACAUGUUUGUUUCCAAGAAAGAUAUUGAUGCAUUCAAUCGAAUUGUAUUUCAAAAUAUCUUAAAAAAUGGUGUCAAUGGCCCUAUAUUAACCUAUCCUCUCCUGCGUAGCAAGUGGGAUAAUCGAUGGUCAGUGGCGUUACCCAAAAAUGAAAUGUUUUAUUUAGUGGCUUUGCUAAGGUUUACCCAUGCACAUCCAACAGAGUCUGAAAUAAACGAGAUGGUGGCACAAAAUGAGGAGAUUGUACAAACUUGUAUCAAGAAUGGAUUUGAUUUUAAAAUGUAUCUUCCUCAUUACAACUCCACAGUUGAAUGGAAAAGGCACUUUGGGGAACAAUGGGGAAGAUUUGUCAACAGAAAGAGGCAGUUUGAUCCAAAGUAUGUCCUUGCACCUGGCCAAAAAAUAUUUACUAGAAAUCAUCAAUUCUAGUAAUAAAUAUAUACUAGUAUUACUUGUA